UUUCACAAAUUACCAGACCACGUCAUAUAACGUCAAAAGGCACAAAUAUUUUCUUUUAUAUUCAUUAAUAUACUAUAUUUAUAUAUUUAAUCUAUUCUAGUUGUUGCAGUGAUAUAUAUUAGCCAAAAUGUUGAAAUUUCAAUUAAUGACUGAAAAAGAUAAACGUGAAGCUGCCUAUAUUGAACGCAAAAGAAUGCAAGAAGAAGAGAGAAAGAAAAGGUUGUUUAACCCCAGGGUUAGACUAAUUGGGAUUGAUAAAGACGCAUUGGAGGCCCAAGUACAAGAAAAGAAGCGAUUAGAAGCAGAGAAGAAACGAAUCGAUGAUAUUUUUGAAAAUGAAUUGAAAAAAGCUGAUGAAAUAGCAGUUGCAUUAGAGCAAAAAGAAAAGGAGGAGGUAAAAAAGUUAAAAAAAGAAAUCAACGAGUUUCGAAAGAAUUUUCAAAAAACAGAAGACAGAAGAGAAUUUGAUCUGAAUGACCCCAAUGGCAUGAAGAAACAGCUUCCAUGCAGACUACACGAUGACGAUCCUAGAUUGGGCCCAUCUUCUGCGCAAAAAUUUGAAGGUGAAGACCUUGUAAGUGAAGAAAGACUUAAGGUUCAAAGAGAUCAAAUAAAGGCAUGGCUGAGUCAGCAACUUAUAGAGAAAGAACAAGCUGAAAAGGAACGAAAAUUGGCCGAAGAUGCUUAUAAAGCUGCUGUGAUUGCCAGGGAUCAUAGAGCCAUCGAACUAGCGAAUAUUGAAAAAAACUGCAGAAGAAAAUUGGAAGAAGCGACAACAAAAUACAACUUGGCACUGGCCGAAGAAAAAUGUAAAAGUCAAAUGACGAAGCGACAGCAAACAUUGGAAGAUAAUACAGCAGAAAUAUAUAAUACGAUGAUGAGCGAGUUGCUAACAGAAAGUCCAGAUGUAGCGCAGAGCAACAUGGGACCCGGCAAAAAAAUCGCUUAUUCGUAUAAAGGAAUGAGCGAAGAGGAAAAAUUGCAGGUCAGAAAGGACCAAAUGGCUCAAGCAGAGGAAGCAAGGAAAAAGAAACAACAAGAAGAAAGGAAUCAACGAGAAUUUGAUGAGUAUAUUAAUGGCACACAAAAAUCGGUCUAUUUAAUGGAUCUCGAAAUAGAAAGAAAAAAGCGUGAAGAAAGAAAAAAAAUUGCUGAAGAAAAUCUUCGCUUAGCAGAAGAGCAACGUAAUCGCAAAAAAUUCCUCGAUAAAAUUGUGUAUAUGAAUAGAGCCACAGAUGAAUAUUUUGAUCAGUUUAAUAAAAGUACAAGAUAACUGUC